AUGGGUUAUGAUAGUGACUACUUGGAUUCUUCAGAUCCAGGUAGCUAUGAAGACAAAAGUGGGGAGUCUGAGGUAGAUGAUGCCAAGAGGUAUAAGGCAAGUAAUAAUUGUUAUUGUCCUAAUACCCAAUUGGAAGACUUCUACUUAGACUUGAGGUUUGACGAUCUGAAAUCAUUUAAACAUGAGCUUGUCCAAUUUUCCAUUAGAAAAGGGUUUGCUUUUCAGUAUGUGAAGAAUGAUGGGACAAGGGUUAGGGAAAAAUGUGCUGCAAAAGGAUGCAAAUGGCUGGUUUUUUGUUCAUGGUGUAGUGGAAAAAAGAUGCAUGUAUUGAAGAAGUAUAUUGCAGAACAUUCAUGCCUAGUAGGGACUUCUAAGAAUAGGAGGGUAACAGGAAAAGUUAUUGCAAACAGAUUCUUUGAUGUCAUAAAUGGCAUGCCGUUUAUAAAACCUAGGCACUUGAAGGCCAUGGUGAGAAAAGAGCUGGGAGUGUUCAUCUCUGAUAAGGUUUGUAGAAAUGCAAAGGCAAUUGUUCUGCGGAAAUUGAAGAAGCAAUUCAAGGAGGACUUUUUGGUGUUAAAUAGUUAUGUUCUGGAAUUAAAAGAAGCCAAUCCUGAGAGUACUGUAACUGUUGUAUCCAAAAGACAAGAAGGAUUACAAUAUCCUAUUUUCCAGAGGAUUUAUAUUUGCCUGAUACCAAUUAGAGAAGGUUUUAUGGCUGGUUGUAGAAAUAUCAUAGGCUUAGAUGGGUGUUUUUUAAAAGGAUUGGUGAAGGGGAUGAUACUAAUGGUAGUGGGGAGAGAUGGCAACAACCAGAUGUUCCCAGUGGCAUGGGCUGUUGUUGAGAAUGAGACAACUGAGAGUUGGGUCUGGUUUAUUCAGCAUCUAAGUUCCGAUCUACGACUUGGGGAUGGCCUUGGCUGGUCAACAAACAAGGUUGACAUGCUCAUGCACUUAGAUAGAAUGAGAGGCCUGAAGAGGGGGACAAGUGUUGUAGAGGAUUUAUUGGAGAAUUGGCCCAUUGAAGGCUGGUGUUGUGCAUUCUUUAAUGAUGUGCUCAAAUGUGAAGUCAUCGACAACAAUAUGUGCGAGACUUUCAAUGGAGUUAUACUUGAAGCUAGGCACAAGGCAAUUAUCACAAUGUUUGAGGACAUUAGACAGUAUUGCAUAACAAGAAUAGUUGUCAAAAGAGAAAACACUGGCAAAUGGAAAAGUAGUUGUGGCCCUAGGAUUUGUGCAAGGAUUGAAAAAGAAAGGGCAAAAAGUGGAAAAUGGCAGGUAGAGUGA